AUGAAGAGGAAAAACCACCACAGCAAGUACGACGAUGAUCACGAGGAGGGACAAAGCGAUAGGGCAAGGAGCACCCACAAAAAACAUGAAGAGAGGCGAAGGGGCGAGGAAAGAAGAAACAGUGAUGGCAAAAGCGAGAGUAAAAGGGCGCAUGACAGGAAGAAACACGACGUGGAGAGUGGGCACAGGAAGGGGGAUGAUGAAAGGCGGAAAAGGGUGAAGACGGAUGAAAGGCGCAACGAGGACAGGCGCCAUGAUGAAAAGAGGCGCGACGAAACACACCAGGAGGACAGAAGACAUGCUAAGAAAAAAAACACAGACAAAAAGGACCCACACAGGACGCACGAUGAUUCGCCCCGCGCACCUGAGAGGAGCGGCCGCGACAGGCGCUCUCCGAGCCACGGGCAUAGGAGGAGCCGGGACAGGAACGCCCAGGCGAAUCGCGUGCAGAGGGAUGGGGAGCGAGACCGGGGUAGAAGCCGCGAUCGGGAUAGGAGUCGCGACCGGGGUAGGAGUUGCGACCGAGGUAGAAGCCGAGACCGCAGCAGGAGGCGCCCCUCAGCAUCCCCGGACGACAGGCGCCGUCCCAGGCGAAGCGUAAGUCGCCACGGAAAAACCCCAUCAGGCAACCCCUACGACGAAGAAAGGUACAGGCGAACAGGAAACGACACGAGCGAUUAUCACCUCAGACUUGAUCCUAAAGGAAACACAAAUGAUGAUUAUAUGUUCAGUGGAAACCCAAACCUAAUAAAUACACACAGCAGAAGUGCUACCAGUGGGUUGCUUUUCAACGACAUAGGAUACCAUCCCAUGGAUGAUGGGUUCAGGAGGAAUGUCGACUCGGAAGAAAAUAUGAACAUGCAAGGUAGCAUUCUUUGUGAAGAGAAAAAUGCUUUGAAUUCCCCACUCCCCCCUCCUGGUGGUGGCUUGCUCAAUCCUAACAGCCCAUGGUAUGACCCCACAUUAGGAGGAGACCUAAUGAGGAAUGGCAGCCUUCCAAACGGUCCAUUCUUUUACCAUGAUGAAAUGAACCUCGGAAACAGGAAAAAUAUGAAUCUGCGAGAUUAUAAAAUGAAAGGAACGAAAAGUGGAAGGGGAGGGAAAAAAGGGAAGAAGGGAAAGAAAAUGAGGAACAUGAAGAAUAAGAAUGCAGCUCUGUUUGCGAAUGAAAAUUUGUAUGACCCCGGUCUACUGCUCCACCCGAACCACCAGCAAAAUAUGUUCAAUCAGUCGAUGCUAGCCAUGGGCAACCUCGACACUACCAACCUCGGUAACAACCCAUUUGGGGAAGGGCCAGCCGAUCCAAGUGACACAACUGCGAACCCAAACAAUAUAAACAGUGAAGCCGCACACAUGAUGAGCAGCAGCAACGUCGGAGCUAAUAAUAACGUUCCGCAAGAAUCUGCAGAGUUUGUUCUUCAAACAAAUAAAAUGUCACAGGCAAGUGGCACUCCUGGGGAUCCGAACAACAUGGUCGCUCCCCCACCACCUUACGCAGACAAUAGAGCUUAUGGUGGGAUGGGCGGGACCACCACGGCAGGGGGUAGGAAAGGCCUCCUACUGCGUGCGAACGAUGUUCAGACAAACCCUAACAUGAUUAAUAACCCUAAUUUUAUGGGCAACCCUAAUUAUAUUAACAACCCUAAUUUUAUUAACAACCCCAAUUAUAUUAAUAACCCUAACUUCAUGCAAAGCGGAGGACCCCCUCCCUUACUGGAGACCCCCCCGAUGAGACAAAUGAAAAAGGCACAGGGGCAGAAGAACAACCUCCAUGGUGAUAUGGUUGAUGCGAAGGAUAAUACACCCUUCGAACACACAAGGGUAAAUAAUAUGAACACAGACUUGAUGAUGAAUGGGAUUCCACCUCCACCAGACGAGGACAUGAACAAAGGGAUACUUUUCACGGACACACAACCCAGCCCACCAGGUGUGCCCAACGUACCAAGUCCACCGACGAACCCACCUGGUGCAUCUAACAUGUCUCGGUUCCAGAACCCACUAAUAAAUCGAACAGGAGUAAAUCCUCCACCCCCAUUUACAAACUUUCCUAAUUCAAACAGUUCCCUCCUAACGAACACACAAAAAAUGAACAACAUGAAGAUGCUAGAUAAAGGAGGUUCAGGAAACCCAAACUACAUCUCCCUCAAUGCUAAUAAUAUUCCGCUAAACACAAAUAUGAACCCACUAAGUAGAAAUUAUAAUAUGAACAAUAAUGCUCCUCCUUACAAUGUGGACGAUGUACUAGAUGCACGUGAGGAAAGUAUAUUUCCUGUCCAUUCGUCUGCUGGUGCUCCACGUGUUAACAUGGCUAAUGCAGGUGGCAUGAAUAAUUAUUAUGAAGAGAUGGGGAGGCCACCACCAAACAAUCAUUUGUUAAUGGGAGGGGUAUCCUCCUCCUCGUUAGGUCCUCCCUCAAAUGCAUCCUUCCCCCUUAGGUUUCCUAACAAUGCGGUUCAUUCAAAGAGUGGCCCUAAUAUGGCAUGGGGAAUGGGAGCCGGGAUGAGUGGUGCGAAUAUGCUGACCGGCAACCCCGCUACUACUACUACUGCUGCUACUACCUCCAUGAUGAUGAACUACCCAGAUGCAAAUGAAGAUGGUUGGAGUUCGAACUACCACCUCACUGCUGGUGAAUCUUUCAAUAGAAAUAAUAUUAUGGGUUCUACAUCUAUGAGUAAAGAUGGAAAUGUGUUAAGAGGACACACCUACGAUAUGGAUCCAACAUGGAGUUCCCAUUAUGAUGCACGCAGUGGCAAACCUCAUCCUGGUGGACUCCACGAAAGGGGUGCCUCCUCCUUCCGUGCCGAGAUAGACCCAACGGGUUCUGUUGAUGAAAAUCGUAUGAACGAUUACAGGAGGGAAGAUCACAGCGAUGCACUGGAUGGAGAGGACAAUGAUGAACGCGCUGCUGCUGAUGGGGGAAGUGCGAAAGGGGUAGGCACGCAGGGCAACAACAGGAAAGCUCUAACACGGGAAGAAAAAUUACAUGAAUGGUUGGAAGAUCAGCUACGGAAACAAACCAAUAUAAUCGCAGACGCCUUGCAUCUGAUACCACUUUGUGUACAGAGCAGUAAGAAGGAUCCCCUUGCCCAAGCAGAACCCAUGGCAAAUAAAACAAAUGCACAAAUCCAGGAGAGUACACUUUUUUCCUUUAAGGAGAAAAUGUCGUACAAGUUACGUGAACAAGAACGCAUGAACAGGCAGAUGCACUUCAUUUCAGAACCCGUAAAAAAUGAUGAAUCUAUAGAGGACCAGUCAGACCUUCUAAGCAACAUGAGAAAUUUCAUCCUCACAUCUAAGGACGAAUUUUGUGUAGAACCCAUUUCCAAAACUGCAUCUACAUGUGUGCAGAAGAGGAAUGAACGAUUCCUUCUCCCCGAUGAUGAACCAUUGAAUGAAAGUCUCUUUGUAAGUAAAGAUGCUAAACGGGUGCAGCAGGGAGGAGGUACCCCGGGUGAGGACAAAGACGAGAACGAUCAGGGGGCAGACACAAAUGCUGAGCCGGAGGAAAACACAAACAGCUACUUCAUGCAAUUAAUGAAGAGCAGACUUAAGAACCCACUUUCUAUUCUCACCGGAUUCACCAAGAAGGAUCCUGAAAAAGAGGAACAGCAACCAAGUCCAUUAAAAGACGAAACAGAUGAUGCAGCCAAACUUCCACACGGGGAAGACUCAUCAGGAAAGGAAGAAAACACAAACGGGUUCAUACAUGCAGAUGCAGGAAUGAGAAAAGAUCAUUUCGAUUAUAAGUACUAUCUCCUAAAUCUAAUGCUUAUGCAAAAUAGAACCCAAGAGAAGAAACUCCUGUUGAAUAAUUGCGACUUGAUAGACCAAGUGGACUUGUCCUCCACCAACCUCUUCAUGCUUAACAGUUACCGUAUCACGUCGGAAGAUUCUGUUAGCCUCUACUGA